AUGGGAAUUAAAGGACUGACGACCUUUAUCAAUCGCCGUACAGAGUUAUUUUUUGAAGAUUACCACCUGCACGACACAAACCUUGUUAUAGACGGUAACAGUUUGUGCUGUCAGCUUUACUGUUGGCAUUGCAAACAAAAAUGCAACGACUGUUUUGGUGGCGACUACGAUAACUAUGCAGCAGUUGUAAGAAACUUUUUUCAAUUGCUUUUGGACUGCAACGUCGUGCCGUUUCUUGUGUUUGAUGGGGGUUAUGAGAAGAGGAAAUUACAUACCAUAUUGAGUCGAAUGAAGAACAGAAUUGAGUGUGCAAAGAACUUGAAUAGUGUUAGUGAGGGACAUUAUUCCGUUUUUCCCUUGUUUUUAAGGGAAACUUUCAUUAAUGUUAUUGAUGAGUUGGGUUUGAAGAGGGCACGAUGUGAAUUUGAGGGUGAUAGUGAGGUGGCAUGUCUGGCUAAAGCCUUAAAUUGCCCUAUAUUGAGCUAUGAUUCAGAUUAUUUCAUAUUUGAUGCUUUGUAUAUUCCAUUCAGUACAUUCACAAUGUCCCUAAGCAGGUCUAGGGAUAAAACAUACAACUACAUUUACUGUCAAGUAUAUAAAAUCGACAAAUUUCUUGAUCACUUUGGAGGAAUGGACAAAACAAAUUUGCCAAUAUUGGCAGUGUUGCUUGGGAAUGAUUAUAUUAAAAGAAGUAUGUUUUCAGAGUUCUAUAAACAUCUUAAAGUGGAAAAAACUAAUAGGAAGGAUAAUGAGGAGCAACGAAAUAUUAAGUCUGUCAUAACUUGGUUGAAAAAUGAGACUCAGGAGUCUGCUAUAAGAAAAAUUUUAAGUAGGUAUAAGCUGGAUAAAAGAAAAAUUAUUGCAGAGAAUAUUGAAAAUGCCAUUAAAGGAUACAAUGUACAAAACAGUGUGUUUUUAAAGUACUUCAAACUAGAUAUGGACAAAUAUGCUAUUGAUAACAUUAAAGAUAUCAAAAUAGACUUUGAAAACAUUGAGGAGAAUAUUGAUGAAGAGAUAAAGGACUCUGAGAGUGAUGAGGACACUAUUUCUGGCAUUUAUGACGAAGACUUGAUGAAAAACUUACCUGAAAUAUUUUUUGAAAAAUAUAGGGAUUGCACUUUACCACCCAGUUUUAUGGACAUUGUGGUUCAACACAAAUACUAUUGUAUUGCUAUGAUUGAAGACUACAGUCUCAAACCUGCUCAUUUUAUUAGUUUUCCUAUAGUUUCGGCAAUUUACAAAAUUAUUAGCAACAAUCCAAAAGAAAAAUUAACUGUGAUAGCCAGAUGUGAAAGCACCUACAAAAACUAUGAAGUGCCUUUGCAUGAAAGGCCACUGCCAAGUUUUAUGGACAUUCAAACUAUGGAUGAGAUAUCCAGAAAGCAUUUGAUGCUUGAAAUUUUAAAUAUUGACAAAUCCUUCAUAGAUAAUUGCCUUAAUCAUUUCCCCCCAUCAUGGCAUGUUUUGCUUAUAGCUUUAAAGUAUAUCUAUGCAAACACUAAAACUUAUACAUUGUACUGCAACAGCUUAAUAUUGUGUGCAAUUAUUUUGAACUACUUUGACCCAAAAAUUGGAUAUUACAGAUUAACCUCUGCAUUUGAUAAUAAGUAUGGGAAAACAGUCAAACAUUUAAAAGCUAAACUACACGACUUUGAUAGCAUAACAAGUGGUUUGGAUAGUAUAAGUAAAGAUGAAGCAAUAUUGUGUAUGGAUGGCAUUAUAAAUCAUUUUCAAAUGAACCAAAAGCUAAGGGAAAGUCAAAGAUCAUACAACAGACACACAAUUCAUGAUUUGGCUGGAAUGCAAAGUUGUAUUUUGCAUUUGGUUUACCUUAACUUGCUACUAAAUUGCCCCUAUGAAUCUUUCAUGAUACACAAGUUCUACGAUGGAACCUUCAUGUACAAUAUAUCAGAAAACUUUAAGAGAAGAAGCAAUCUUGAUGAAUACAUGAAAACUUUGUUACAAAAAUGCCCAAAUGUUUUAAAAAGUUUUGAGUUAAUCCAGGAAAAUUUUAAAAAUAUCGUUUUUACAAAUGAAAGCAGUGCUCCUCAGGCCAAAAAAAAGAGGAAAAGAACAAAAAAAGAAGCUGAAGAAGCAAGUUCUUCAGCGGAAGUUGUACAAGAGGCAGAAGAAAUGCAAUUGUUUGACCCCAAUAAUAAAUUUACUGUUUUAUCAAGCAUUGAAUAA